AUGCUGUAUCCGCUUCUGCUCUUCUGCAUCGUACCAGUGACAGCAGCUAACUUCUGUAGGCGUUCGAACGGACACGAAGUGUGCAGGAUCGGCCAAAAACAACUAUCUUACGCAGCUGGUAAUUACUGGAAAUGCAGAAAAGUGUGCAAGUAUAAAAAGGCCGCCUGUAAUAGAAUGUGCAAGAAGUGCAAGGCGAUGUGCACCCAAAAGCCUGCACCACCACAACCACCACCAUGGAGAAUGCCAGAUAAAUGCAAGCUGGAAAAGGAUGAAGGCACGGGUGACAAGUCUAUCUUUCAAUAUUACUUCUCGUUCAAUACUAAGUUCAAUAAUAACACAUGCCAAAUACUUUGGUAUAAGGGCAGCGGAGGCAAUGAGAACAGAUUCAAAUCUAUUCAAGAAUGCUGGAGAACAUGCGCUCCCGAUAAGGAACCCAAAGGUGGACAUUGCGGUAUGAAAGAAGACGACAACAGAUAUGGGCCAUGCACGUGGCACUGGGGCUACCGCUGGAAUGCCACGGGUAAAUAUUGUCAAUUUUUCAAAGACGAUGGUUGCUUUCGAACGAAGGGCGAGUGCAUAGAAAAAUGCAAACCGAAAGUCGUACCACCACCACCACCACCGCGGCUGCCGAAGGUCACGUUCUACAAGCUGAGGAAAGGAAAAGUCAAGUGCUGCAUAGAAAGGACGAAAAAAUGCACUACUCAUACAAACCGGCCCAAGUGCAGGACGCAGCUACUAAAAAAAUACAAGUACAUCAAAUGA